GAGCUCGUUAUCAUAAUUCCUUGAACACCUUCGUUACACAUGAGAUAUGAUUGUGUCCUUACUGAUUCUUUCGUCUCUUAUGAGAUUAUCUGUGUGCGAUGAAUUGGAUUAUGAUACCGAAUCUUAUAAUCUCACAAUUCGUAUGCCAGAUGCCGUUUCAGAAAAGCCCGAUUCCUUGUUAUGUCAUGCUGUUAGAAUUGAUCCAAGAGAAUCUUACAUAGUAAGUUAUAUACCCCAUGCUACUGCUGACGUUGCUCACCAUAUGAUGGUAUUUGGUUGUGGAGAAAUAGCCAACAAUGAAGAACCAUACUGGGCUUGUUCAGAGAAUUAUAAAAAUCCUGAAACAUUAGUAUGUGAAGGGGGACAGAAACAGGUCGUGUUUGCCUGGGCGCUUGACGCUCCUUCAUUCCAAUUCCCUAAAGGGGUUGGUUUACGGGUUGGUGGAACAACUGGAAUCAACUAUAUAAUUAUACAACUGCACUAUAAAGAAAAGUUUUCAAUUGGCAGAUCUGACAAUAGUGGCGUCACUCUUCAAAUGACUCGUACAAGGCAACCAAAACAAGCUGGUUUUUAUGUUAUUGGUACUUCGGGUUAUAUUCCACCAAAACAUUUAGCUUUCCCUAUGGAAACGGCGUGUGAAUAUGCGAAUGAUUAUCCUAUAUAUCCAAUAGGUUACAGAACACAUUCACAUAACCUAGGUGUUGUAACUUCUGGGUACAGAAUAAGAGGUGGCAGAUGGAUAGAAGUAGGUCGUAUGUCACCACAAUUGCCCGAGACAUUUUAUAAUGUGACCAAUUUGGUAGAAGUUAAACCUGGAGAUGUACUGGCUGCGCGGUGUACUAUGAAUAGUAUGAAGAGAGACGGAGACACGUAUAUUGGACCAACAAAUUCCGAUGAAAUGUGUAAUUUCUAUGUUUUGUAUUACACAUAUUGGCAGCCAAAUCUAGAAGCCCAGUUCUGUUUCCGUGAUGCUCAGACCUUUCAUUGGAAUGAUUAUUUUGAAAACAUCCCGAGAACUGCCAGUUCCUUGGUUGGUAUACCAGGAGCAGAAAAGGUAAUGGAAAUGUUUGAUAUGAAUCCUGGUUUACCCGAAGAAGUGGAACAUGUGCAGGAAACUAUGUAAAAUCUUGAUAUAAAUAAAAAAAAAAA